AUGCCGCCUAGACGCAACGUGAGGAACGAGGAACCAUCUUCCCAUGCUUCGGAAGAACAAAGCGUGACGCAACCAAGACCGCCGUCACCACCACCACCACCUCCACGAGUAGAUAGGGAAGUCGUGAAGCUUUUCCUUGACCAAAAGCCUCCUACCUUCGACGGAAUGGGCGAACCUGCGAAAGCCGAAACUUGGAUACGUGCCUUGGAACGCAUUUUCAAGACGUUGGUGUGCAACGAAGCGGAGAAGAUGAUCUGUGUGACGCAUCAGCUGACCGGAUCUGCUGAUUUCUGGUGGGAUACUAAGUUAAAAACCAUGUCCCAGGAUCGCAUAGACGGGAUGACUUGGGAGGAGUUCAAGACAGAAGUUUACGAUAAGUACGUACCCAAGAGCUACCGCAAGGCGAAAGCAGCCGAGUUUCACAACCUCACCCAAGGACGUCUGUCCGUAACCGAGUAUGACCGUGCACUUUGUGACAUGACCCGCUAUGCGCCGGAACAGACCGAUACCGAUGAGAAGCUGGCUGAUAAGUUUCGUGAGGGCCUUAGGCACGAGAUUAGGAUGGCAUUGGCAGUCCGCGGAACCCUUACGUACGCCGAGGCGCUAGCCCUCGCACUGGAUGUAGAGGCAGCAAUGCCAAAGGAGAAGAGUGCGGGGAACACCGCAAUGACAUUUCCCCCGCCACGUCCUAACCAUGACAAGAGGAGAUGGGAGGAGAGUAGGAUCCACCAUGACAAUAAGCGAUACCGCCCCAACGGAGGAGGACAGACUUCGUUCAAUCCAAGGAGCGACCCCCGUGCCAGACCACCUCAGUGUAACGUUUGCGCCAAGUACCAUUUCGGGCAGUGUAGAGGACCGAACUCGAAUAGAUGCUUCAACUGUGGAGGAAACGGGCACUUCUCGAGGGAGUGUCCGAGCAAGGGAAACGGACCAAGGCAGAACCAUCAGGGUUUCCGUCAGCAGCCGAGAGCGCCACCUACGAGCUCGGGAGCAAACCCGAAUCAGCAACUGCGGCUGCAGCAGCCU